AUGUUGAAUCUUUCAAGAAUCCUUUUGCUCCUUCUCCUCCCGCUGUGCGCCGUGGCUCAACUUUGCGAUCAAUGUGCUGGUGCGGAAGCGUGCUUUGGAAGCGGCCCCUGUGCAGCAUGCGAUGCAUCGGUCAAUUGCACCGGCACCUGUGAAGGAUGUGCCACAGCUGGUCCCUGCCGAUCUUGCUUCGAAACUGAGGAGACGGAGGAGCCCUGGCCCUGGCCUGUUCAGGUAUCUGAACUUCCAUGCGAUUACUCAGUCGACAAGGCCGAAGUCACCUUGGUGAGGGGUGAGAUCCCGGCGUGGCUUGAGGGGACCUUCUACCACGCCCAGCACACCAACUCAACCCACAACAACUAUGAUGGGAACUUGGCCAAUCCAUCUGGAAUAUUGGCCAUCAAGUUUGGAGCUGGCGAGACACCUGUCGCUUCCUUUGACCUCGCUAAAGGAUCAGGAUGGCAAGAGCAAUGUGACAGUGUUACACCACCUUUCAUAAUGGAUUGUGUCGUUACAGUCAACCAGUUCGGUACCCCUGGAGCAAUUGCAAGUGUCUGCGCUGGCGGAAAUCUUGUCCAGUUUGCAACCGAUGACUCCGGAACUGUGGAAUUCAAUGGGAUUCUGGAACUCACCUGGAAGAAUGAAUCCUUGGAAGAUACCUGGCCUUACGGAGAAGAAUGCGCCGGGUUCUGUCCACAGAACUUACAACCGGAGCACAUGCCAAGUGACUCCAAUGGAGACGUUUACAGCCUUUAUUACACCAUGGAGCCAGCUGGUUAUCGUGUUUUCAAGCUACCCAAAGGAAGCUUGGAGAGGGAGGAAAUAGCGUGGGUUGAAUCUGUACGAGACACGCCCUCGUACACUCAUAUGGGCCCUGUGCCGACAGCAAACUACAUUAUCAUCGUCGAACCACCCUUGCCUCUUGACGGUGACUACGAUUGGGCAGAGUUUCAUUCCAGCUUUGAUUCCACAGCCCCUGUUACAAUUUACGUCAUUGAAAAGGAUUCAACAUCGGGUAACGUCAUUGCCCAGUACACAGCCGACGAGACGUACUGGACCUGGCAUGUUGCUAAUGCGUGGGAAGACUGUGAAACUGGAGAAGUCAUGUUGGAUGUUACCAGGGAUCCAAAUGCACAUUCUUUCAAGUCCUUUUACAACAGCACACCUGGUGAUUUUGGGGAAUCUACCCUUACACGCAUCACCCUUCCCGAUCCACGCACAGCGGGGCUUGAUGCCGUUGCCAGUACAACAAUCCUCGAUACUGCUGGUUUUGCCAUUGAGUUUCCAGUAACUCAGGACCAGUACCAAUUCGCCGGCAAGACAGGCCAUUACUGGAUGGCAGGUUCAGGGGCGGGCAAUGAUCUAGCAUUCCCACUUUCUAUGAACGCAAUUGUGAAGCAUGAUGUGACAACAGGUGAGGCAUUGGAUACAUAUGAGCCUGAGGGUCUCUAUGUGGGCGAACCAUAUUUUGUUCCACGUACAAAGGAUCAGGGCGCCAUGCGUGAUGAUGGUGCAAUUGUGGUGAUUGCAAUGAAUGCCACAGGUAAUCUGUUCGGCGCUGUGCUAAAUGCUUCUAAUCUGGAGGAGCUUGCUCUUUUUGAGAUUCCCAUGGCACCAGUGCCAACAUUUGGCCUCCAUAGCUAUUACUCGACUGUGAGCACAUGGGUGUCUACUGCUGAGUCAUGUGACGGCGAAUCCUCCUCUACAAAUGGCACCCCCGAUGGCAGUGGUGACGAAGGAGCCAUUUCCGAGCCCGACGCUGACUCUUCCACUUCCGGAGCUGUGAAAAAGCUGUUGACAGCAUCUGCAUCAAUCGGUGCCCUCUUGGCACUCUCCCUUUGGUAA